UUCUGCUUCUGUCACAGCUCAGACUGAAACAGAGCACAUGGCGGAGGUGUAAACUCAAAGCACCAGCGUUAGACACACAGCCAAGGCUCCAGGAUCACAGAAACACUGGAUCACAGCAGAAAAAGAAGAGAGUGAAGGGAGAAGAGAAAAUGCCUCGGUCUUUCUUGGUGAAGAGUAAAAAGGCGCACAGCUACCACCAGCCAAGGAGUUUAGAGGACAACUCCAACAAAGUCGAGACGAUUUUAGCUCACAUCUGCGCAGACAGUAGGAGUGUAGACGCAGACGAGGUGUGUGUGGAUGUUGGGAGCGCAGAGGCGGCGGAAGCGUUGAGGCACGCGGGCUCUCGCGCUGUGCUCUCGCGCUCUCCGCUGAGCUGCAGCAGCAGUGUGUAUGAUCGCUCGUCAGACUAUGAGGACAGCUGGAGACCUCCGUCACCCUCUGCAUCACCAGACUCUGAGAAGUCAUUUUCACCCAGUGUUGAUGAAACCCAGCCAUUUGCGGUGCCUUUCGAACCAUGGAGCAACAGUUAUUCAGGUUCAGAUAUGAGACAGUUGGUCCGCCAGAACUUUAAUCACCAUCAUCCGUCCCUAAGCUAUUAUGAAGAAAGAGUGAUCGGACCUUCUCUUUUUGGUGAAAGAGGAUCCAGUACAAGUAUUUAUGGCAAUUAUGAGUCAGCUACAAACCUUUUCGAGCGGCCCACUGCUGCCCCUGGACUGUACGUAGACAGGGAAAUUCGCAGACCUGAGAUAAAAACAGCCACAGCCGGGCUAUGCAAUCGUCUCAUAUUGAAUGGAGCCUUCAAAUGCAUAAAAUGCAGCAAGGUGUUCUCCACACCACAUGGACUAGAAGUACAUGUUCGGCGGUCCCAUAGUGGAACAAGACCUUUUGCUUGUGACAUUUGUGGAAAAACAUUUGGUCAUGCAGUCAGCCUGGAGCAGCACAGAUCUGUUCAUUCUCAGGAGAGGAGUUUUGAUUGUAAAAUUUGUGGGAAAACUUUCAAAAGAUCAUCUACUCUCUCCACACACCUUCUCAUCCACUCCGAUACAAGACCUUACCCGUGUCAGUACUGUGGCAAGAGGUUUCAUCAGAAAUCAGACAUGAAGAAACACACGUUUAUUCACACAGGAGAAAAGCCUCACAAGUGUCAAGUCUGUGGCAAAGCUUUCAGUCAGAGUUCAAAUUUAAUAACGCACAGUCGAAAGCAUACUGGGUUUAAACCUUUUGGCUGUGAUUUGUGUGGAAAAGGCUUCCAGCGCAAAGUGGACUUGAGGAGACACAAGGAGACACAACAUGGACUGAAAUGAGGAAUGAAUCAGCUCAACUUGUAGGAAAUUUUCAGUCAACAUCUCUGGACAGUAUGUUGCAUUUGUUAACGCUGGCUUACAUGAUGGCAAAAUAUCCAGGGUUGAAUGAUGCCUAAUGGCACAAUAAAAGGAAAUUUAUUGGAGGCUGCAAUUAAUAAGAA